AUGCCGGCCAUUCUCCCUGACCAAACCCCCUCGGUCGAGCACCACCAACAAUCAAAGCUCAACCUCCUCGCAACAACACAACCCAACUCAUCCCAACCCCUGCCCUCCACCGUAGACUGCGCCGCCCACCUCGAGCUCCUCGAGACCUUUGUCACCCUCCGCGACGCAGUCCACCUCCUCGCCGCCGACGUGGGCCAGGGCCCCGAGCGCGUGUGGGACCUGUACUGCAACCGCGCAGUCGCCCGCUUCGAGCAAUGGAGCGCCGGCGCCCAGAGGCCGGGGCAGAUGCCGGCCGUCGAUGUGCUCAUGGCCUGGCACGCGUUGAUGCUGCACCCCAAGGCGUACGCCCGGUUCAUCGAGCUCGGUGGUCCGCUGGGCCUGGAUGGGAUCAACUGGUCUGAGACUUCGAGAUCAUCAAACCUCGAGAACCUCCUCGCCUCAAUCGACCUUCCCUCCCUCCUCUCAUCACCCGCACACACCGGCAUCUUCACCCACGCCUCUUCGACAGGCACCCCUCUCUUCACCUACCCCCUUGCAGCAGCAAUCAACCGCCAAUUCUCCUUCUCCCUCAAAAUGUCCGCCCACGCCUGGCUCCGCAGCCCAGUCCCGGCACUAACAUCGACCCUCGCGGCGGCACAGUCCCGCUACGCGCAGUUCUUCCACCUCAUCGCCGCCCACCCGGGCACCGUCAUGGUGCCGACGCUCGACAUCGACCUCGUCUGGCACACGCACCAGCUGUCGCCCGCGCGGUACCUCGCCUACUCCAAGCGGACGACGGGGAAGCUGGUCGACCAUGACGACGAGAUUCCCGACGAGAGCUUGGCGGUGCUGUCGACGGAUAUGAGGGCUUUGUGGAGGGAGGAAUUUGGCGAGGAGUAUCUUCCCGCUGCCUGCCAGGAUGAUGCCGGGUGUGGGGGCGGGUGCGGUGGUGGAUGUGGAGGUGAGGGAGGCUGCGGAAGCUGCGGUGCCAUGAAAUGA